CAUACUAGUUAUCGUUUUCAUUCUCAACUGGUGCACAAGAUUAUCAUGUGAAUGCCCAUUUCCAACAAGACAUGGAUUCUGCUAUCUCAAAAGAACGUCUCGUGGACGAAGACUUCCAAAGUGACCAGUUAGACGAGGAAACAGAGCCCACGACUGCAGUUAACGCCGGAACUAGUUUUGUCCAUAGAGGAAGCAUUGGCGUUUCUAUAUCUUCCUCGUUGAUCGGCUCCGCUUCAAUUCGCGGUGAAACUCAAAGCAAAAAUUCGCUGGAUUCCGGCAAACGCCGCUUAGUCAACAAGUCAGGCGAGCUGAAAGUUCUUGCAAAGAAUGUUCCUCGUAAAACAAGACUUUAUCUUGCAGAUAUAUUCACGACUAUGAUCGAUUUGCGUUGGAAAUGGGUCCUACUCAUAUUCGUUGCCAGCUACAUUAUUUCAUGGGUUGUUUUUGGUUUCAGUUGGUGGCUGAUAGCGUAUGUGAGAGGCUCAACAGUCUGUGUUUGGAAGGUUAGCAGCUUCACAGCUGCUUAUCUUUUCUCCGUCGAGACCCAAGAAACAAUUGGUUAUGGGCAGAAAGCUAUCACCACAAAAUGCCCCGAGGCAGUCAUACUGUUGCAACUUCAGAGCCUUGUGGGAUUAAUUAUCGAUGCUUUCAUGCUAGGGUUGACAUUUGCCAAGCUUUCGAGACCGCGAGAGCGAGGGAAGACUGUUAUGUUCUCGGAGUAUGCUGUUAUAGCCCCGAGAGAUGGCAAAAUGUGUCUGAUGCUUCGAAUUGGAGACGUGAGAAAGAGUCAAAUCGUUGACGCAUCUGUACGAAUGCAGCUAUUCAGAACUCAUACUACUGCAGAAGGAAAGGAAAUCCCGUUUUACCAAGAGAAUCUUAAAGUGUGCUACGACUGGCGUGACCCUGACAACGACUUCAGGAAUAAACUGUUCUUAAUCUUGCCUUUAGUAGUCAUUCACAUCAUUGACCAGAACAGUCCCUUUUAUGAAUUCACACCUCAAAUGCUCCAGCGGUCAGACUUCGAAAUAGUGGUAGUGUUGGAUGGGGUGGUUGAAGCGACCGGACUGAACACGCAGCCCAAGUCCUCUUACCUCAGCAGUGAGAUCUUGUGGGGCUAUGACUUCUGUAACACUCUGGAGAAGUCUCAAUUCAGCGCGAAAGGCUUUUACCAUGCCGAUUUUUCUAGGUUGAAUGACGUACAUGUGGUUGAAACGCCAAGGUGUUCACCGAGAGAGUAUUACAGGCAGAAACAACCAGAAGACGCCUAGAAAUGUGUAUCUUUUCAUUCCGUAAAGUGUUUCCUCUUCCCCGGAGUAGGAAGAAUCAGUGCCACAGCGUUCAAAGUCGGGUUGCGUUAUUGGACCAAUUUUGUCUCUGUUCGCGCCAAUUUCCCGCGCCAAAUUUCAGAGGAAAACAUAAGGAACGAAAGACUGCUGUCACGCAAUAUAUGUGAAUAAAAUUGAAUCACUCAGAGAAAUCUGCAAAAAGACACAAAAGUAGGGAAAAAGAAAUCUGGAGAGAUGUCGAAUGUAAAGUUUGUUUUAAUUAAGGGUAUUCUGUUUUUUUACCAUUUUGUGAAAGAUUUCUGUAUCACCCUAUACUAUUCAAAAACAAAGCAAUAGUCUCCUAGAUCUGUGCAACCAAGAAAGUUUGCAAGUAAGACAGCACGUUUGGUGUAAUGAUUGUUACAAAGUAGCAAAUGGGGAAAGUUGUUUUCUGCCUUAAAGUUGACAUUUUUGUUAUCCUUGCACGCAAUUUUGGUACAGGUGAUGUGGAAGGGUCGGCAACAGCGUUUUCUUGUCAUCGCAAAACGAUCCGACGAGACAUUCAGUACGUCUACAACUGUUUAAACUAUUCUUUAAUUUAUUUUCUUAUCUUGUGAUAAAAAGGAUUGCCCCUACAAAAAAUGUAUUCUAUCGCUGUAAAAUAACACCAGUUAAAAUGAAACUUGGGUUCAAUUCUUUUCAUGUCCUUUACAGAUCAUUUUGAUUUUUCCAUGCUUUUCUCAUAGGUUGUUUAUUUUCGCCCAAGUAUACAUGAUAAUUGAAAGUGCCAGCCACAGAUUGAGGUGCUUAAAAGACAGAAAGAGAUAGAUGAUAGAUAGAUAGUUUAAUCAUCAAUACUUUGCAGCCCGAGGGCUGAAUUACGUAUUGAUAAAACUAACGUAUAUGUGCACGAUCCUUCGCAGUAAAGCACUAUU